AUGGUCAAAGAUAAGCUUAAGAGGAAGAGUUUGGCUCCCUUGACCAGGGACUAUACCCUCCAUUUGCACAAAAUGGUCCAUCGCGUAACGUUUAAGAGAAAGGCUCCCACGUCAGUCAAGAAGAUCAAGGAGUUUGCCUCGAAGGUUAUGAAAACAAAGGACGUCAGAAUCGACCCCAGGCUCAACGAGUUUUUGUGGUCGAACGGCAUCAAGAAUCUCCCCAAGAGGGUCAGAGUCAGGGUAUCGCGCAGACGCAACGACGACGAGGACGCCAAGGAGCCCAUGUAUACGCUCGUUCAGCACAUUCCAGUGGAGGACUUCACUGGGCUCCAGUCCGAGGUGGUCGCCAACGAGUAA